CCGCCUCCCCUCGCGAAGCCGGGGUUUCGUCCUCGAUCGUUCCGCUCGACUGUUUUCCUCCCUCGCUGCCGUCCUUGUUGCCUGGACGAGCCACUCUAUUUUCCGUUUCGAUAUACCCCCGCACAGGAACGUGCCCGUGAUACCCAUCUAGCUGGCGGAUACCUGCGCGACUUAAUAGCUAGAAUAUCUCCUGCUUUCCUCAACGCUGCCCUGCGCCACUGUUCCAGUCUCCCCGACCAUUGUUCUCCGAUAUCUUCUGUGGGACCCGAACGUCCAUACAAGACUCGAUGCGUCGCUGACACCCGACGUCAGCCCCUCGACGCGGUCCGACCCCGUCCUCCCCGACUUGUACACCCAACAACCAAAGUGUAGGCCGGUGGCACCUGUCUGACCUCACCCUCGCCCGCCACCACACCCGGACCCGGCUGGCAUAUAACACUCGAGCCUGUGGCCACCCGAUCCUGCACUGAGCGGAACCAACAAUAAACGAUACGCCAGCUAUCUCGCGCUGCGCUGGCGAACCCAAGAAAUCGCAGCCAUGUCGCUACCCGCACUGAGCCUUUGCCCAAAACCCUUUCUUGACGCAAUGGAUUUUAGCACCUCAAAUGGAUUUGUCAAGGGAAGGCUAUGCGCAGAUGUCGGCAACCUGACAUGCUGCCUCCCCUGUCCCAUGACGGACUUCGCCUACCCUGACACCUUUGACACCAUUGGGGUGUCUGCCGAGGUCGUCGCAGUCAUAUCAACCGUUCUGUGCGCAUUCCUGCUGCUAUCAUGGUUCUGCCUCCCAGUCGAGAAGACGCACAGGCAUUACCUGAGCAUUUGCUUGACCAUAGCAGUCACCUUCAUGAACAUGGGUUUUGUGGUUCCCCUCGCAGCGCAGCCGGACCAGUGUGCCGACAGGAUCACGCCCAACGACAUGAAGUCGAAUCAGGCAUGUGCAGCGUCUGGAUCCAUGCUUAUUCUUGGAGGGUGGGCUGGAGUCAUGUGGAUUUUCCUUCGCGCGCUCUCGCUCCAUCUCCAGAUCUGCUGGCAGGUCGUGGUCGGCAAGACCUUUAUGUGGUUUGCCCAGGCGGCCGGCUGGGGCAUUCCCCUCGUCGGCAUCAUCCUGGCUCUCACCAUGAGCGGAGUUUCGUUCCGGUUCGGACAGACGUGUCACGUCAACCACGAGAACAGCCUGGCCGUGCUGUGGAUUCCGCUGCUCAUCUUCUCCGCCUUCACCAUCUUCAUCCAGCUGGCCACCUUUAUCUACUGCAUCAAGGUGUACCUCGCCUCGCUCAGCGACAGCAGCGCCUCGACCGAGGGCUCCAACCUGCCAUCGUCCAGCCGGAGCAUCCGGACCAUGACGCCCAGGCAGGCCUACCGACGAGUCCGACGAGUCAUUCAGCUCCAGUGGAGGGGCAUCACCAUCGUGCUCAUCAUCAUCGCUGAUGUCAUUUUCUUCUCCAUCGUCUUUGUCUUCCAAGACAACACCCUGGAAAGAAUCAAGACGGACAGGAGCCUGGUUACCCCGUGGGUCACAUGCCUUGCGAUCGCUCGUGGCGACAAGAACAAGUGCCUCGACAAAGCCAGCGAGCUCGUGAUAAACGAGGUUACUGUUGGCGCCGUGCUUCUUCUCCUGGCUAUGAACGGGAUCUGGCUCAUGAUGCUGCUAGGGAGAUGGUCGAUGGUUACCGGCUGGAAGGACCUCAUCUCAUCCACGUUCCGCUCCAGCAAGAAGGCCGAGUUCGUCUCGGUCGAUGCCCGCGUGGCCGACGAUUACAAAAACCAAAGACGUUCGUACGAGAUGCUAUCCCGGGACUCGGGCAAGACAAUGGUGGACGACGCAGUAACACCCUCGGCAGGCACCACUCCGAUCUCGCCCUACCCGGCCGCCGUGUCUCCGGCGAGCCCCCCGCCCAGCGGGCGACGCACGCCCGACUACUUUGGGCAGACGGCGAGAUACCACGCGCCGACGCGCUCCUUUUCGAAGCCAAAAGCGCCACCGCAGGUGGUCAGGUGGGACAACAGCGAGAUAUAUGCUGGGUCCCAGACCGGGCAUAGUGAUGCCAACGAUAUGAACAUGAACCCACUGGGUAUGAACAGGAUAUGAAUGGUUAUGAAGCUUUUGUCCAACACAAUUGGGUUGGGAGGAAGCAAAGAAAAAAAACAAACAAAAAAAACACACACAAAAGGCUGUCUCCUAGAAAAAGGAGCCAGAAACAAGAGAUACCAGAAGCACUCGCGUGCUCUCUCUACAAGCGGAUAGCAUCUCCGCGGAUGGGCCCGCCUUCAGGAGCCAGGAUAACAGGAGGUCACAGGACGAAUCGGGCCAGCACCGGCGUCGACUCGGGAUGAAGCCCAUGGCACGACGCCUUGGGGCUUGCAACGAUCAGAGUUAUCAACUCUUGUUAUUGUCUUUUAUAUCAUUGGUGAAGCGUUCGGCGCAAGGAGGAAAACUCCGCAGGCACAUGCGGUUGACCAAAUGGGAAGGUCAAUGUUCUAACACGAUAUAUCCCCCACAAUGUUCUCUUUUGUUUUCAUGACCACGUGCCUAAUUGGGAGGGGAUGCUUGCACGAUGGUGGCAUGAAUGCACAACUCCAGCUAGGAAGUAUCUACUGGCUUCAAAGUACCCAAUCUCGUAUGCCUUGCCGUUCAUUUCGACGUGCCUCAAGAAGAACUACCUAGUGCGAAAGAAGAUGUUCGUAACCG